CUGCUUCUUUUGGGCAAUAGCUUCGCGUAGCUUAGCUCGGCUUCCCCCUCAUUCAUGGCCAUUACCACGAUGUGUCACCCCACCCCACCACCGCCCGCUGCUCCACUUCUCCUCCUCCUCCUCCUCCUCUCCUAGUAGUAGCAACCUACGGACACCACCCCCACCCGCUUCAUUUAUCACUUGUCUCCCCCUCUCCCUCGCCUGCUCCGCUGCUCUUGUGCUUCGCGCCUCGCCUGACCUCGCUGUCGCUGCCGCCAGCCAUGACCGGGAUCGACCUCAACACCGUCGAGGAGGACGAGGAGGAGGCGGCGGAGGAGGUGGCGGCGAACGGCUCGUCUCCGGCUCCGGCGAGGGCGGGCGCGGUGUGCCUCGAGCUGUGGCACGCCUGCGCCGGGCCCGUGGCGCCGCUGCCGAGGAAAGGGGGCGUCGUCGUGUACCUGCCGCAGGGGCAUCUCGAGCACCUCGGCGACGCGCCCGCGGCGGCGGCGGCCGCGGCCGCCGUGCCGCCGCACGUCUUCUGCCGCGUCGUCGACGUCACCCUCCUCGCGGACGCGGCGACCGACGAGGUGUACGCGCAGCUCUCGCUUGUCCCGGAGAAGGAGGAGGUGGCGAGGCGGGCGGACGACGGCGAGGGCGAGGACGGGGACGGCAUGAAGCAGCGGUUCGCGCGGAUGCCGCACAUGUUCUGCAAGACGCUCACGGCGUCCGACACCAGCACGCACGGCGGCUUCUCCGUGCCGCGCCGCGCCGCCGAGGACUGCUUCCCUCCACUGGAUUACAGCCAGCAGCGGCCGUCGCAGGAGCUUGUUGCCAAGGAUUUGCACAGCACUGAAUGGAGGUUCCGCCAUAUUUACCGAGGCCAGCCACGUCGGCACCUUUUAACCACAGGUUGGAGUGCAUUUGUUAACAAGAAGAAGCUUGUUUCUGGGGAUGCCGUACUAUUUUUGCGAGGUGAUGAUGGGGAGCUAAGACUGGGAGUUCGCCGUGCAGCUCAGCUUAAAAAUGGGUCUGCUUUUCCAGCACUUUACAACCAGUGUUCUAAUCUUGGUACACUUGCCAAUGUUGCACAUGCAGUGGCUACAGAAAGUGUGUUCAACAUAUACUACAAUCCCAGGUUAAGUCAGUCCGAAUUCAUUGUACCCUACUGGAAGUUCAUGAAAAGCCUCAGCCAACCAUUUUCUGUUGGGCUGAGGUUCAAAAUGAGAUAUGAAAGUGAAGAUGCUACUGAAAGAAGGUACACCGGGAUAAUUACUGGAAGUGGUGAUACAGACCCUAUGUGGCAUGGUUCGAAAUGGAAAUGUUUGUUGGUGAGGUGGGAUGACGACGCUGAGUUCCGUCGACCAAACAGGGUCUCUCCUUGGGAGAUUGAGCUGACUAGUUCAGUGUCAGGAUCCCAUUUGUCCACACCCCAUUCAAAGCGAUUGAAACCAUGUCUUCCCCAUGUUAAUCCAGAAUACAUGGUUCCACGUGGAGGUGGUUGUCCUGAUUUUGCGGAAUCUGCCCAAUUCCACAAGGUCUUGCAAGGUCAAGAAUUAUUGGGUUUUAAAUCUCAUGGUGGUACUGCUGCUGCUACUUCUCAGCCAUGUGAAGCAAGGCAUUUACAGUACAUCGAUGAGCGGAGUUGCUCCAGCGAUGCGAGUAACAGUAUCCUAGGGGUUCCAAGACUUGGUGAUAGAGCACCACUUGGAAACCCAGGAUUUUCCUACCAUUGCUCAGGCUUUGGGGAGUCUCACAGACUCCAAAAGGUCUUGCAAGGUCAAGAAUUAUUUCGUCCCUACCGAGGAACUUUGGUUGAUGCGUCUAUGGGUAGUAAUGGGUUUCAUCAACAAGAUAGUCCUCGUGCACCAGGUGUGGUGAAUAAAUGGCAGGCACAACUUCAUGGCCGUGCUGCUUUUCAUGGACCACCAGCACUGGCUCUUCCAUCUCAAUCAUCAUCUCCGCCAUCUGUCCUAAUGUUUCAGCAAGCUAAUUCAAAGAUGCCCAGGUUGGAGUUUGGGCAUGGACAGUUGGACAAGCACGAGAAUGAUAGGCGUGUUAGGUUUGGUCCUUCUGAAGGAAUUGAAAGAAGAGAGCAAAGAAUACCACUCCAGCCUUAUCCUACUUCUGGAGAAGUGAUAGAUGGACAGGUUACAGUUGAGAAGUCUCACUCCCCUGGUCGACAUGGAAAGGAUGGUCCAGAUAACAAAGCUGUUGGCACAAAUAGUUGCAAAAUAUUUGGCAUCUCUUUGACUGAGAAGGUUCCAGCAAGAGAAGAACUAGAUGAUGGCGACGCCAACUAUUCACUCCAGUCUUUGAAGCAAGUGCCAAAAUCCCUGGGCAAUAGUUGUGCUACCGUUCAUGAGCAAAGGCCUGUUGUUGGCAGGGUGAUUGAUAUUUCAACUAUGGAUAUGAUGAUCUGAUUUAUGAGCUGGAUUUGCAAAAUUAUCUGGAGGUGAAGUAACACUAGGAUUGCUUCCAACCACAUAUUUUGCUGUGGAUCUCCAGAUGGUGGCCGAGUAUCAGGGAGAUGGAGGGACUGAUGAUUCUGAUAUUUUUAUCUUAGAUGUAGGCGUUGGAGCACUUAUCAUGUGACAUAGUACCUAGCUGCUCGUCUGCAUUUGUUGCCUCUGCAACUUUAACUGUCAGCGGCAUUUGUCGCCGCUGGAACCAUCUAAGUACGUGUUUAUAAGCUGUAAGCUAUGACAAGCGCAUUAGAGGGUGCUGGUACUGUUAGAACAUUAAUUAAUGUCAGUAGCAUGCUUUGAUCUUACGUGAUGCUUUUCCUAUGUUGACCGGAGUUCAGUAUAACAUGAUGGUGGCUUUGGGAGACCUCAUGUUUUGAAA